ACCAUUGCCACGGAGACACAAAAGCGUCAAAAUGGUAACUCCAAUAAUUGGACGUAUCUUAAAUAGCCGUAGUAAAACACUCGAUUUGUCACAAAAACAUUUGAGAAAGUGUCCAGACAUGAUAUGUCAGCUACCUAAACUAGAGAAAGUUAUACUGACAAACAAUGAGCUGAAUGAACUUCCAGACGAUUUCGGAAACAUAAAACAACUACAAUUACUAGAUAUUGCUGGCAAUGAGUUCCAGAUUCUUCCAGUCCAAAUUCAACAUCUUCUGAACCUUAAAAAGCUACUAGCAUACAGAAAUAAAAUCAAAAGUUUACCUCCAGGAAUAUUCGGAGGACUAAAAUCCUUAACUGUGCUGAACCUAAACAAGAAUGAACUUCACAAAAUCCCAGCAGAAAUUGGUGGGUUAAUCAAUUUAAAAUACUUUAGUGCCGAGCACAACCAUUUGACUGAACUUCCAGAAGAGCUUUGUCAAUUGCAACAGUUGGAGGAGUUACAUAUUGGAUACAACCGUCUUGUGACAUUACCAGUGAAUCUAGGUUCACUCCAAAAUCUCAAAGAACUUCACGCCCAUAGGAAUCAUUUACAGGAAUUGCCAGGAAGUAUAUCUAAAUGCAUUCAUUUGACCGUUCUUGAUGUUGCUUCAAAUAAUCUGAACAUCUUCCCUGUUGAGUUUGACAAGUUACAUUUGAAGAGGUUUCACUAUGAAUGUAAUCCACUUCUACAAUCAGAUUUAAAUCCUUCAUAUCGAGAUGCAGACAUCUUUCCUCUGAAAGAAUUGGUUGUGAGAUUUGUCAUGAAUGAGAUGAAAAGACAUUAUCCAAUGCUGUGGAAUUCAAUGAUAGAAAGAAAGGAAAUCCAGCAGAUAGUUGAAAAAGGCAACCAUUGUGUUAUAUGCAAUGGUUUCCAUUUACAUAUCCAUUUUAGUUGUGUUACAUUUUUUAAUGCAAAGAAGAGACUGAAAACACAGACACCUAAAGGACCAAUACCAAUGCAGAUUCUGUUAUGUUCUUCCCAAUGUUUCAAAAGCAAAGAGUCAUUCUCCAUUCCUCCAGACGUCCAUAUCAGCCUAGUUUCUGGUAUCACAACUAAAACUUCAUAAACAGUCUCUUCUUCUGAUCUGUCUAUCCAUCUAUCAGCCCCUUUCUUCUACUUCUCUCUCCCUACUCUCUUUCUCUAGCUACCUAUCUGUCCAUCUAUAUGCUGCCAAUUCUUUCUUUCUUUUUAACACACAUAUAAGAAGAGAAAAAGGGAUUAAAAAAUCCAGAUAAAUAUCAAUAAAACACUCAAUUUUAAA